AUGGAGCGUAUGUUCCAAUCCCUGGAGAGAAGCGUCGCAGAGAUUGCUCGUGCCCUAUAUCGAAGCCCCGGUAAUCCGUCGCCUCCCUCUGACCAUGGCCUUCCCGGACAACGGGAUGCUGGCCAUGAGAAUUUCUCUUACUGGGAUGUCGAACACGACAUGUGCAGCCACAGUCCCGUGAAUGGACUGUUGUUCCAGCCCUCUCCAUUUGCACUGGACCCGUCGCUGCCUCUGGAUUCGCUCCAUCCUCCUUCAGCUAUGAUCCCAUUCAUGUGGCAGACCUAUCUGGAGACGGUGGAUCCGGUCUUGAAGAUCUUUCAUGCGCCAACCGUGCAGAAGCAGAUCAUGAGUCGAUCCCGAGGACGAAGAGUGCAUGAUUCGUCUGUACAAUGCUUGAUGCUUGCAGUUUACUACUCGACCGUGGUGACCAUGUCAGCAGCAGCAUGUCUGGCCGAGUUCGAAGAGGAGAGGCCGGCUUUGUUGAAGAGAUACCGAACAGGAAUCGAAAAUGCUCUUUGGCGGGCGAACUUUUUCCAGUCAUCCGACGUGACGGUCCUGCAAGCCUUCGUCAUAUACCUUGCAUGCUGCAGGCAUGAUGAGCAUGGGCCAGAUGCGGGUUCACUCAUUGGAAUGGCGACUGGCAUCGCUAUGAGAAUUGGCCUUCACCGCGACGGGGCAGCACUAAACCUCCCUCCCUUUCAGGUAGAGAUGCGCCGCCGACUCUGGUGGCAGAUAUACGCCCUGGAUGUUCGCAUAGCGGAAGACCGCAAGUCCGACCCAUGCAUUCUGGACUCAUCGUUGGAUGCCAAAUUCCCGUCCAAUGUCAAUGAUGCCGGUUUGCAUCCCGACAUGGGUGAUCCCCCGAAGCCCAAUCCUGGAAGAACCGAGAUGCUAUUCAGUCUGAUCCGGUUUGAAAUGAGCCGUUUUGCACGCCAGCUGAUAUUUUCCACCGACUUCUGCCGUAAAAAUUUCUACCCAGUCCUGUCUCCCGCACAGCAGGACGACGCAAUUGAACAGUUCAGUGAGCGUAUCGAGGAGCAAUACCUCAUGUACUGCGACACUACAGUACCUUUUGACUUUGUAACAGCAGCCUCCAGCCGGCUUGCUCUCAAGAAGCUGAAAAAUGAAGUGUGCAGACCCGGGGUAGAUCAGAGCUGGAACCUGCCCAUACGAAUACAACCUGAUUACAUGAAGUCAAGUGUGGAGAUCCUCCAGCGUUCCUAUGAACUACGGCACCACCAGAAAGGGAAAAUAUGGCUCUGGUUCUUCCAGCCAUCCGUCGAAUGGGACGCGCUCGCAUACCUUCUCCUUGGCCUGUGCAUGCCGCCGCCGAGGGACGGCGUUGACAGCGCGUGGGAAGUCGCCAAUGCUACAUACCACGACUGGAAGAAUGACGCCCAUAUGCGCCGAGAUUCUCGCUGGGGGCGUAUUGAAUUUCUCCAUUCCCGUGCCGAGGCCAUGCAAGACAAGCUGCCAAUCCCACAGACAGCUUCGCCGGAUUAUCGCAGCAGUAGGACCAGCGCUGACUAUAUCGCUAUCUCCGUCCCAUCCAAACAUACAGGCUCAUUGGCAUUAGCCCCAGGUUCAACCGGCAUUGGCCUUGGCCAGUGUCCUAGUCCAAACGUUGGCAGCAGACACGAUAGCAUAGAAACGGAGAGAUCCAAUGACACAUGGACACCCGCCAACAUGGCAGCCACGGUCGCGACUGAUCUCCACGACCAAGCAUCGGAGAUGACAACAGGUGCUCCAGACAUGCCUAGUACCGGCACAGCUUGUGAGUGGAGUGCGCAGCUCCUAAGGCAGUAUUUUGAUGUUGUUGAUCAUAAACCUCCUGAAUAUGGGUUACCAGGAUAA